ACGUGACUGUGAUCAGGUGACUGUGACCAUGUGACAGCACGGGUUCCUGGUGACCGUACGAUGGAUUAUGGUACAAAGAUAAGGUUUCAGAAACAAGAUGAAUUAUCCAUUUAGGGCGGAGGCUGACUGAGAUAGUAUUAUAUUUUCUUUAUAUUAUAUUUUAGUGCUAGUUGGAACACUAAGUGUUCAUUUGGGACACUUAUAAAUGUGAUGGUAUGAUGAGCGCAGACAGGUGAUUGGGAUGAAAGAGUGAAAGUGAGAGCACUCCGCUUUGUUUGCAAUGGGUGUUGGUCCCUGUGUACAGUAGAAACACUAGAGCUGUACACUAGAUCCUAGUUCUCUAAGUAGCCUACCGUAUGGACAUUUAACGUGUUAAAAACAACUAAGAAACUCUCACAGAUGAAUCCACGUCCUCGCACACCGAGCACGGAUGACAGCCAUGUGAAAUCUCCUUAGCCAUCCAUCACUGAGAGGGGGGGGGGGGGGGGGGGGGGGGGGAAGUGGAGCAGCGGCCACGCCCCACGGUAACGCCUGGUGGGGAUAUCCCCACUGAAGUGAAGAGGCUCAUCAUGGAGCGCCUCCAUUGGCUCGGGCAGCGCUGUCAGCAGAUGGUGGAUCAGGGCGGAGCUCGCGGCUGGUACUCAGCCCCUGAUGGGCCGCUUGGGGCGGGCGGCUGCCCCGUGACGUGCAGGCUGAGUGGGAAGCGGAGGACGGUGAUCGCCCGGCGCGGGCCCUACCAGGCCGAGUACCGGGCCAUAUCCAGGGAGUACCAGGGCAACGCCAUCCGCACCACCAAGUACAGCCUGCUGACCUUCAUCCCAAUCAACCUCUUCCAGCAAUUUCGCAGGGUGGCAAACCUGUACUUCCUGUUUCUGGUGCUGCUGAACUGGGUGCCGGCAGUGGAGGCCUUCCAAAAGGAGAUCACCAUGGUGCCUCUGCUGGUGGUCCUCAUUGCCAUCGCCUUCAAAGACGCUCUGGAGGACUACCGGCGCUACCUGUUUGACAAGACUGUCAACCACAGCCUGGUGCGCGUCUACUGCAGUAAGCAGAAAGCCUACAUUGACCAACACUGGCAGGAUGUCCGGGUGGGAGACUUUAUUCGCCUGUCCUGCAACGAGAUCAUUCCAGCCGAUGUGUUGCUGCUGUACUCGUCGGACCCGCGAGGCAUCUGUUACAUCGAGACGGCCAACCUCGACGGGGAGACCAACCUCAAACAGAGACGGGUAGUCUCAGACCUGCCCCUGCAGGGAUCGGAGCUGACUCCAGAGAGCUUCUAUUGUCGUAUUGAAUGUGAAAAUCCUAAUAAUGACCUGGGCCGGUUUCGAGGUUACAUGGAGCACUCCAGUAAGGUCCGCGUUGGUCUCCACAACGACAACCUUCUGCUGCGGAGCUGUACCGUCCGCAACACGCAGACCGUUGUCGGCCUCGUCGUCUACGCUGGCCAUGAGACCAAAGCCAUGAAGAACAACAGUGGGCCGCGGUACAAACAGAGCCGUCUGGAGAAGCGCCUCAACAGGGACGUGUUGUGGUGUGUCAUCCUGCUGUUCUCCAUGUGUCUGACAGCAGCCAUAGGGCAUGGUCUCUGGCUCCAGCGAUGGACUGAUCCCAUUUAUUCCAUCGCUGAGCAGGUGUCUCCUACACUGGCGGGAUUCUAUGUCUUUUGGACGAUGAUCAUCGUGCUGCAGGUGCUAAUCCCCAUCUCCCUUUACGUGUCUAUCGAGAUUGUGAAACUAGGCCAGAUCUAUUUCAUCCAGAACGACCUGGCGCUGUACAGCGAGCAGCUGGACUCAGGCAUACAGUGCAGGGCGCUCAACAUCACGGAGGACUUGGGGCAGAUUCAGUACCUCUUCUCCGACAAGACCGGCACUCUGACAGAAAACAAAAUGGUGUUCCAGUGUUGCACUAUACAUGGGGUGCAGUAUCCACACACACAGAAUGCGCGGAGGCUGGCUCUGUAUGAGGAGGAUGUGUCGGGUGUCCCGGGCCGCUCCCUGACCCUGCGGUCAGGCUGUAGCGUCAGGUCCCUCAGCUGUCGCUCUAUGAGCUGCGGCCACAGCUCCACCUCGCUGCACUCCCUGACCAGAGAGGAGGAGGAGCCCCAGGGAGGGGCGCCAUGCAGCCGCAUGGCUAAAGAAGUGAUCCCAGACCCUGAGCUGCUGAAGAAGAUGCGCUGCCUCCAGGCCACUAGCCUCUGUGGAGCUGAGGCCAGCUGCCUCCAGGCCACUAGCCUCUGUGGAGCUGAGGCCAGCUGCCUCCAGGCCACUAGCCUCUGUGGAGCUGAGGCCAGCUUAGAGUUGAACUCCAUCGUGGACUUCUUCCUAGCGCUGGCGGUCUGCAACAGUGUAGUGGUGUCCUCAUCCGGCCGGCCCUGUCACACGCACGCUGAUCUUCCCCACAACCUCACCUCAAGACUAUUGGCCCAGGGCGAGGCAGGGUCCCGGGGCGUGUCAGGGGCCCUGGGCGCGGCAGGGGUCCAGGGCGAGGUAGGCUCCUCCACCACAGCCACACCGUCGCAGGCGGGCGCCUCGCGGGAGAGCACACAACUUGGCCCAGGCACCGACCUGGUGAGGUCCAACGUGGCACUGGAAAACCCAAGGGACCCAACAGCAGAUGUGUUGACAGACAUGGGAAACCGAGAGGAGGGUGUUGGUGCCGUGGGGGCCCCCAAUGUUGGAACUGAACCCCUAAGAGUGUCGUCCCUGGAGGACCCGGCUUUUUGCCACAGUGGGCCGACGGCGGCCAAUGAGCAGCUCAUUUAUGAGGCAGAGAGCCCGGACGAGCUGGCCCUGGUGCACGCCGCCCGGGCCUACAACUGCACCCUUCGGGGCCGGUCGGGGGACGAGCUGGCCGUGGAGCUGCCGGGGGCCGCAAGCCGCCUGCACGUCAGCCUGCUCCACGUCCUGCCGUUCGACUGCACUCGCAGACGCAUGUCGGUGGUGGUGCGCCACCCGCUGACGGGGCGGUUGGUGCUGUACACCAAAGGAGCCGACUCGGUCAUCAUGGAGCUCUCCGAGCACCCAGAUGUGCCAGCCGGAGAGGGGUACGUUAAAAUCCGAGAACAAACCCAGAACCACUUAGACGCCUACGCCAGAGACGGCCUUCGUACACUCUGUAUCGCACAAAGGGUUCUGGAGGAGGACGACUACCAGGCCUGGCAGAAGGGCCAGCUGCUAGCGGAGACAAGCAUCGAGAACCGAGAGGAGCUGCUGCUGGAGUCGGCCCAGCGUCUGGAGACCAACCUCACUCUGCUUGGUGCGACCGGGAUCGUAGAUCGCCUCCAGGAGGAGGUCCCAGAGACCAUUGAGGCCCUGCAGAGAGCUGGCAUCAAGGUGUGGGUUCUGACCGGAGACAAGCAGGAGACGGCCGUCAACAUCGCAUGUGCCUGUAAACUCCUGGGACCCGAUGACCAGAUUCUGAACGCGAACUGCGGAAGUAAGGAUGCAUGUGAUACCUUGCUCCAGGACCUCCUCUCAGAGGUUCGAGGCACAGGGGAAGGACCUGGCAGACCAACUUUGGGCGAGGACAAAGCUUUGCCAGCCGCGGCCGUGGGGGGCUUCGUCUUGGUGAUCGACGGACGAACCCUGGAAUGGGCCCUCCAGGACGAGCUGAAGGGGGGCUUCCUGGAGCUGAGCCGGCAGUGCAAGGCGGUCCUCUGCUGCCGGUCCACACCCCUGCAGAAGAGCCAGGUGGUCCAGCUGGUCCGCAGCCAGCUCAGCGUCAUGACUCUGGCCAUCGGCGAUGGAGCAAAUGAUGUCAGCAUGAUCCAAGUGGCAGAUGUGGGCAUCGGGAUAUCUGGCCAGGAGGGCAUGCAGGCUGUUAUGUCAAGCGACUUUGCCAUCUCCAGAUUUAAACACCUGCGGAAGCUGCUCCUGGUCCACGGCCACUGGUGCUACUCUCGUCUAGCCAACAUGAUCCUUUACUUCUUCUACAAAAAUGUGAUGUACGUGAACUUGUUGUUCUGGUACCAGUUCAUCUCGGGAUUCUCGGGGAGCGUCAUGACCAACUCAUGGAUCUUGAUCCUGUUCAACCUGCUCUUCACGUCCGUGCCGCCCCUGGUGUAUGGCGUGCUCGACAGACACACGCCAGCCGACACCCUGAUGGAGCGACCUGAGCUCUACAGCUCCAGGCCAAGCUCUAAGGUCUAUGGUUCCUCCACGUUCUGGCUCACCAUCAUGGACGCCUUCUACCAGAGUCUGGUUUGUUUCUUCAUCCCGUACAUGGCAUAUGCAGGGUCAGACGUUGGGGUCCUGGCUUUCGGCUCCCCUGUCAACGCGUCGGCUCUCCUUAUCAUCUUACUGCACCAGAUCAUCGAGAGCCACACCUUGAUGUGGAUGCACAUCGCAGUGCUGGUGGGGAGCGGCGUCUUGUACUUUGUGUUCACGCUGCUGUUCAGUGUGUGGUGUGUGACCUGCAGCCCGCCCACUAACCCCCUGGGGGUGGAGACCCUGACCAUUUCUCAGCCUCUGUUCUAUCUGGUGUGUGCCCUGACCACCGUCACCGCACUGCUGCCAAGGGUCUUGAUCCGGGCUCUUCUCAGGAGCAGAAGCUCCUCUUUGGUUGGGAGGAACCCAACAGGCCCCAGGAAACUGCAAGUGUCUGCUGAAAACCCCGGACUGGAGCCCGAUGACCACCUGGUUGGGUCAUGACAAACAUAUUAUUACUCUUUUCACCCAUAUUUCCACAAGGUUGGCCAUCAUAAUGGGUCACAGAUUUGUUUGCUUAUUGGGAAGGCAGAGUUGUCGACUUUACACCAAGGGCUCAAGGAAGUAAGAGUCUUCAGUCACUAAUAACCAGCCAUAGCAAAAAACUAUUUCCAUCCGUUGUGAUACUUGUCACUGUAAAGUGGAACCAAAGUCUGACCAUCUCUGGUAAAGGGAUGUGAUGAUGUGACUGCUGUUGUUUAUAAUACAGGUAUUAUCUUUUCAUUUUUGCUACGUAAAAACCAAGAAGUUGCAGUUCGAUUUAGACUUCAAAGUGUGGAAAAAAUUAUCUAUCAGGGAUUUCCAAACAUAAAAUGUGUUAUUCAUUCAAUAUUGUUGAAAUGAUUCCAAAAGCAAAAGCUUUGAAAUGGCAAUUCAAUGUAACUUGCCCAAAUUAGGAACGAACAGUAUUUUCUACUAUGGGACACCGAUGCACCUAAGGAUGUUUGUAUUUGUUUCUGCUUUUAUUUGAUAUUUAUGUUAUGACGAAAGUUCUGUUAUUGCUCGGUUUUUUAUUUAAUUUAAUUUGAUUUCUUUAGGACACUCAGAAAUUAAAUGACAUUAGCAGUACAAAGGCCCAGAGGGUAUGUGUACAGUCUGACAGAGACAUGUAUUGGCCACUGUUUCUGUUCAAACAUUAAAUGCAAACCUUUGGCUCACAUUGGAUGUACAGCAGGCUGUUGUCAUGACUAGCCGCUUGUUGACUCACUAUUUUCCCCUAUUCCUUCAAUCUCCAAAAUGUCACAUUUACAAUGGGUCAGGCUGGUCUCAUACAAAAUUUGUAUAUCUUAAGAAAAGCUAUCCAAAAUGUUUCCUAAGAUACCUACGAAUGUCGACGAGUAAUCGGUGCGCCUGACCCCUCUGCGAAAACAAACAAGGUGGCUGACAUUUAUUUUAUUCUCAGUGGUAAAUGCAAUAUUUUAUAUAGAAUCAGCAUUAAAUGGGUUUGAUAACAUUUCUAUUAUGAAAGUUAUUCUGAAUAUUCUUCCAGGUCUCGCCUUACAUUGUUAAACCACACGGUUUCUAUCAUUGCUAUGGUGGGUGCUAUGGACGCGGCUAUCGCUGAGAACCAAAUAUGGCUGAAAUUUAUUUGAUGCUCAUUGGAAAAUGCAAUAAUAAAGAUUGUUUACGCAUUCAAAUGUGUUCAGAUACAGCUUUAUUGGCCAGGUUUGCGAACAAACAAGGAAUUUGACUUUGGUCCCUUGGCUCUCUAUGUACAACUCUCAACAUUUAACCUAUUGUUAAUGUAUAAAAAAGAAAAAACACAAAACAGAAAACAGUACAAAAAAAUAAAUAAUAAUAAAUAUAAAUAAACUGUUAAGUAUACAGAAUAACAAUACAAUAAAUAAUAAUAAUUAUAAUAAUAUAAUAAAAUAGAGGGUGGGGGCUAAUUCUGAGCGUUCAACAGAGAGACUGCUUGGGGAAAGAAGCUGACUUUGUGUCGGCUGGUUUUGGCAAACAGUGCCCUGUAUCGCCUGCCCGAGGGAAGGAGGUUGAACAUUUUGUGACCAGGAUGUGAGGGAUCUAGGGCGAUUCUUGUUGCCCUUUUCCUGACCCUGGACUGGUACAGGUCCUCAAUGGUGGGAAGGUCAGCUGCAAUGAUCUUCUCCGCAGCCCGUAUUGUCCGUUGCAGUCUGGCCCUGUCCCGUUUGGUGGCUGACCCAAACCAGACAGUGAUUGAGGUGCAGAUGACAGACUGAAUGAUGGCUGAGUAGAAGGUGGUCAGCAGCUCUUUAGGCAGAUUAAACUUCCUUAGUUGUGGCAGGAAGUAUAACCUCUGCUGGGCCUUUUUCUGGAAAGAGUAAAUGUGGGGACACCAUUUUAGGUCCUGUGAAAUGGUUGUAACUAGGAACCUAAAGGAAUCAACAGUGGACACUGUCGUUCUGGAUGGUGAGGGGGGGAGUGGGGGGGGGACUUCUCCGAAAGUCCACUGUCAUCUCCACAGUCUUGUUGUGGUUUAACACCAGGUGGUGCUGACUGCACCAUUGGACCAGCUGUUCCACCUCCUGUCUGUAAGCAGACUCUUCACCAUCCUGGAUCAAACCAAUGACGGGGGUGUCAUCUGCAAACUUCAGGAGUUUUACGGACGGGAUCUUUGAGGUGCAGUCAUUGGUGUAGAUGGAGAAGAGCAGCGGGGAGAGGACACACCCCUGUGGGGCGCCAGUGCUGAUGGACCGGGUUUUGGAAGAGAUGCUCCCCAGUCUGACAUGCUGCUGCCUGUCAAUCAGGAAGCUGAUGAUCCACUGACAGGUGGUGACAGGCACUUCGAACUGGGUGAGCUUCUGAUGUAGGAUUUCAGGGACGAUGGUGUUGAACGCCGAGCUGAAGUCCACAAACAGGAUCCUGGCAUACGUCGCUGGGUAGUCGAGGUGGUGCAGUAUGUAUUGCAGUCACAUGUUGACAGCAUCAUCCGCCGUCCUGUUUGCCCUGUAGGCAAACUGCAGGGGGUCCAGCAGGGGACCUAUAAUGUCCGCAGGGGACCUAUAAUGUCCAUGUUUUGAUCAAUAUCCAGCGAGAAAUAUGCCUUCAUAAUCAUUAAGUUGGUUCAGCGAUUGUAUGUUUAGUUGGUCAGUUGUUAACACAACUGCUCUUUGUGUUAUAUGCUCAUUUAGGGUUUUGAGGGAAUAUAAUCUUGGUAUGCUGUUCUUUUUUAUAAAACACAUGGAACCACAAGCUACAUCUGCCAACCCCCUCUCAUUUAUUUCUCCAUGUGCUUGUUUAAGACCUAUAGCCAUUAUUUCAUUUUCUGUGACAUGCACGCAUGCAUCCUAUAUUUAAUACAUGAACACAAUAUUCUGAACAACCCCAAAAAAUAUUGAUAGUUUUCUGUGAUAGGAGCGGGACACUGUGAUGAGGAACAUUAAUGUACUCAAUGUGGGCACAGUUCACAAUGCUAACGGAAUUAUACGUUUUAUGUAUAGGUUAAUUUAGACAAACCUAGAUGAGCAUUUAUCACCAAUAGUGCAGUUUAUUCAUGAUUUAGCCGGCUAGUACUCCAAAUCACAGCGCAUUGUUGUUAACGAUGAUACGUGUGGCAGCUGAACUACCUCCCGCUGGAUAAUGGACAGAUUCAAUGGUCAGACGCAGGCACCGGCUAGCCUAGGGUCACAAAUCUGCAAGGGGCCCUGGAUUGGCCAGAUUAUUUACAUUUUACAAAAAAUGUGACCCCUAGAUAUUUCAAGGCUGCCGAAUCUUCGUCUCACCUUGGUCGACAACUAAAUCAAUCCACCACAGCAGGAGGUCUGUCAGCUAACGGCUAACAUCGGCGCAGUUAAAACGGCUGUAGCCAUAGCUAGCUCUGGCCAUGUAGCCAAAGAUAGCUCUAGCCAUGGCGUAGACACCACCGAACAUGUAGCUUUGGCCAUGUAGCCGUAGCUAGCUCUAGCCAUGGCAAAGCCCCGACUGACCAUGCCUCAACAUCUCACUCACAUAAGGAGUUUGAGACAGAGGACGCCCGAAACACCGGUAACCACCAACGGCCCGGGAUUAUUCCUGAUGUCCCAGACCCACAAAUCUCUCCACAACGGUCUCACCUGUUGCUGCGGAGAGCAAACCACUGCCGCAGAUACAGCUUCCCAUAGCACGGUCUUUCAUGCUGGGAUAAAACAGAUCAACAACACGUGAGGAAAUACUGGGUUCAAAUGGGACCUGAAACCUGUCGGAAUAAAGUCAACUUUCAAGUAAACUGUCAUCCCUUCUCUCACUAAACAAUCUGCCUCAUCAGUCAGGCUUCAAGACUGCACACUCAAUUUAGCGCAAAACUUCUAAAUGUUAGCAGGUGGAUGUCUGACAACAAGUUAUCACUUCACUUGGGGAAAACAGAGUCCAUAUUGUUUGGAUCAAAGAUUAAAUGGAAAAAAGCC